AAAGGAAGAAGAACAGUGCGUAUCAAACGGGAUGUAUCGGCUGCAUCCGAAAACUUAGGCAGGUUACUUGCUGCCUCAUCAGGCAAUGACUUUGCAGGCAGCGUUUUUGCACGAAGGCACCUCACGAAAUUGAUUUUGGACAGGCUUCUGAGGCAGUGUAAUGGUUUAAUGAUCUACAGCAAAAUAUAGAGAGCUUUGUUGAUAACUAAUUGAAUAUUUCAUUACUGCAAUAUUGAUUUCUCGCUAGAAAUGACAUCAAAAGUGGAAAACGUUGAUCAGAAACAUACAUUUACACACAAACUGACCACCGACCACAACUUUCAGACGCCAUCUUUAUUUAGUUUGUAACAUAAUGUAUUUUAGUUAUUUUAUUUAGUUCAGAAUGUAACGCACAGGAUUGUGGGAUAUCAAAGGCAGCGAAGGAUACAUCUAUGCUGCCUUCAAAAAUCGGCCAGAUGAAGGCAUCUCAGGAGACAGGAAGUGAAGCUAACAUUGAAUUCGAACGUGCCGUGAUGCCUCACGUCCUUAGAAUGCGUCCUCCGAAGGCAGCAUUUUUCAGUUUUCGGAUGCAGCCAUCGCCCUCCGAAGGGCACUUCGGAGUGAAAACAAUCAUGAACAACCACAUUAAAGGUCGUUCCAAACCGAAGUGCUCAAAACUGGCCACUUCAAAGGGCCCAUCGGAAUGAUCCUUUGCGCAGAUUCUUUCAAUGAUGACGGCCCCUCCGUGUGGGCACGUGAUGAAUGACGCAGAAGGGCACUACUAGACACAAGUGGUUUGGUCCACUACAUCCUUCAACCCUUCGAGGCUUUCACUCCGGGGGGUAAUCCCUUUGAAGGGAUUAGAGCAUAGGGAUGAGCCCUUCUGAAUGGAACACAGAGGAAGAAGAAUGACCGUUAGAGGGCAGCUCCAACCAUAACGCGUUCCCUCAGUCAGAGCAGCUUUGGUUGCCUCCUCGUUUCUCUGACGUCAUAGACACACGUCCGAGAGACACGCGGGAAAACUGCCACAGCAGAAUGGAUCCAGCGGAGGUAGAGUUUCUCGCAGAGAAAGAGAUGGUAAAAAUUAUCCCGAAUUUCAGUCUCGACAAAAUCUAUUUGAUUGGGGGAGAUCUGGGUCCGUUUAACCCGGGUCUGCCAGUGGAAGUCCCCGUGUGGUUGGCCCUCAAUCUUAAACAGAGACAGAAAUGCAGGAUAGUUCCUCCAGAGUGGAUGGACACUGACAAACUAGAGGAUAUCCGUGAACAGGAGAGAAAACUAGACACUUUUACUCCUAUUCCGAGUCUGUACUACAUGGAGCUAACCAAAUUAUUACUCAACCAUGCUGCAGAUAACAUCCCCAAAGCCGAUGAGAUUCGAACCCUAGUGAAGGACAUCUGGGACACGCGUGUGGCCAAGCUAAGACUUUCUGCGGAUAGUUUCAUCAGCCAGCAGGAGGCUCACGCGCAGCUGGAUAAUCUCACGCUAAUGGAGAUCAACACCACACGCUCAUUUCUGCUGGACUCUCUGAACUACAUGUAUAAACUGCGCUCAAACCUGCAGCCGGGCAGAAGUCAGGACUACUGAGAAGUUCCCAAAUAAUGCAGAAAUUCUCUACCAGAUCGAGCUGUUAUUUUUCAGCCUUGAAAUGUUUUGACCAUUUUUAUUUGUGAUGUCUAAAUAAAUUUGUACACUUUUUUUUCACGUA